GGCGGCAGUAGUGGCGGCAGCGCUGAGGUGGUGGCGGCCGGUAGGUUGAAACUACAAUACUUAGUCUAAAACCUGCAGUAAUGGGUAGAACUUACUUUGUUGAGGAAGCUAUUGGGCAGUAUCUUUCAGACCUCAGCACAAAAUUAAAGCCUUAUGUCACUGGCCUGUUAAUAGGGCAGUGUUCCCCACAAAGAGACUACGUAAUUCAGGCUGUUCGAACGCCUCCAAAGGAAGAGCAGAAGGAAGACAACAUCAGUCCUUCAAAACUGGCAUCCAUCGAUGAAGAAUGGAUAACUACACAUGCCAGUCAGGUUUCUAGAAUGCUUCCUGGAGGCUUAUUAGUUCUAGGUGUAUUUAUUAUUGCAACUCCAGAACUGUCAAAAGAUUGUCAAAAUGCUUUGCGCAAGCUAAUCUUCUCAGUGGAGAAGUCCUUGACUAAAAGAAGACUCUGGAAACCUGCUGAGGAGGAGGUCUCGGAAAGAGCCGCUCUUCAAAUUUGUUCUGCUACAAGAAAAGUAGUUUGCCGAACCUAUGAUGUACAAGAUCCAAAGAGCUCACCUAAACCAGCAGAUUGGAAAUACCAGAGUGCUCUGUCUGCAUCCUGGUUGGCUUUGAACUGUACAGUAAAUGUUAAUAUUCACAUUCCACUUCUUGCUACUUCACCGAACCAUGACUUGGAGAAAAAUACCAAGAAUGGGUUAAAUCGAUGGUCAAAACAGAUAGAAGACAGCGUUUUUCUGAUCAAUGGACAAAUUAAAGAUGAUGAUACAGAACUACUGGAAGGGCAGAAAAAGUUAAGAGGAAAUACUCAGUCCAGCACUCAGUUUUCUGAUGUCAAGGUUCUGACACAGCUGUCCCAGGGUUCAAGUCAUAGAUCAACAGCUACAGUCCAGGUCUGCAGUGGUUCCAUAAAUCUCAAAGGUGCUGUGAAAUGCAGAGCCUAUGUACAUAACAACAAGCCAAAAGUUAAAGAAGCUAUUCAGGCUUUGAAAAGAGACAUAAUAAACACAUUGAGUGAUCGCUGUGAAAUACUAUUUGAAGAUCUCAUUAUAAAUGAAGGACCUCACAAAAAAAGUUUUGAGAGGGAGUAUCAUGUCUUACCUCAAAGACUGUUUGUCCCUGUUGCUGGAUCCAGUGUGAUGCUCAGUGAUUAUAAGUUUGGUGAUGAGGCCACUGGAGAAAUUCAGGAACGUUUUGUUGAGAUGUUAGAUCAAUGUGUGCAAGCUGAAGAUAUCCAUAUAGCAGAGGAAAUUAACACAGUUGAUAUUUGUCCAGUUACUGACAACACGGAUGACACACAACAGCAACAACUGACAAAAGCAACACUGCUGUUGAAACUUCAGCAAAAUAUGGGUGUGGUAAUAGCAGCUGCUGUUGCAGUCUUUGCAUCGAUCUUCUCUUUCAAUUACUUCAGUGAUUAAACUCAAGCAACUGGACCUUCAUGGAAGUAUUGGCCAGUUACAAGAUGGAAACAUCUGGGUUUAAUAUAUUAGUAAUUAAGAAUUGUUGCCUAAAUAUUGCCAGUUAGAUGUGCAAUAUAAAUUGUAAUGAUAGGUUCAGUUACCUUGUUCCAGCAUGCACUUACUAUAUAUCAAGUAGAAUCAUGCAGUUACAGUAUCAGGUAGAAGGUGAAUCAAGUUUACAAGAAACUAACCCUGUUGCUUUGUAUAAAUGAAUGGUAGUAUUAUUUUCUAGAAGGAUCCCUUAAGUAAAUGUAGAACUUCUUCCUACUUGCUGUUUUAAUGCAAAAUGCUAUCACUGGUGUUUUUCAGGCUAUUGGUAAGACUAGCAUAGUUACCUGGUGUGACGAUUCUUCCUUUAAAGGUUCCUUUGCUAAGAGAACUCUUAUCUCGUUAAAGUUAAUUGGGGAAAAAUUAGAUUUAAUGCAGCCAGCAUUUCACUAUAUGCAUUGGUUUAGAUAAUAUUGGUUAACUAGCAUAAUAGGUAUACAAACAGUUUCUCGUAGUUUCAAGACUAGACCAAUUCAGCCUGUAAAUACCUUAGUUCAAGACCUGGAGAACUCAGAAGUCAGUAAAAUGCAUAGAACUUUUGAGAUGUGUAUACACCACCUUUUAUUCAGUGACUCUUAAGGACUUCUCUGUCCAGCUCCGAUUCAAUCAUCAUUCUCUUGGAAUAUUAACUAUUUCAGCAACAGCUACAUCUAGGCAGCCCUUGUGGAUUAACUUGUAGAUGGAUGCAAGUUGUCAAAACCUGUUUGCUAAUCAGGAUUUUUAGCCUAUAAACAGAUAGCUCUUGAUUAUGAGAUAUUCUCCUGGGUAUGUUAGGUGAUAACAUGAUUGUUUACUUGCCAUGAGGAGAGUGGGAGGAGGGAAAAAUUCUGGUAAGGUUAGUAAAGAAUAAUUUGUGCAUGAAAUGUGAUGUUUACUUGGAUCUGAACUACAAUAGAAAAGAAUUCCAGAUUUUAGGGCGUUUUAAUACCACUGCAAAUUUCUUUUUUGUAUAAAGGCACUGGAACACUAAGAAAAAACAUAAACAUUUUGGUUGUAAAGCAUAAUCAAGGAUGUGCUGGGAUACUUUUAAUAAAAGGCAACUAUGAGAAAGGUGUCUUAAAUACUAUUGCCUCAUUUGGGUAUUCCAUUUUUACAUGUUUGGAGAAAGACCUGCUUUUACUAUAGUAACUAUUUUGGAACACAGUGUUGAUCUUUUGUGCUUAGUAUUGCUCAAGUAGGGCCUCUGAGAGGAAAGUGAAUGUUGUAAUGGAGGCACUGUUUUCAGCUGCUGCAUGUUUUAUAGAUACAUGUUAUUCUGUGCAAACAGGUGGAAUCAAUAGGCAAGAUGUCAUUAUGCAGAAGCAGUUGAUUCCAGGAGAGGUUGAGUGCUGUCCAGAAGAAGAUGAAUUUUGCAAUGUGCUUCAAAAUAUGGUUGGUUUAAAAAUUGCUCUGCUAAAGUCUAUUAGAAGGAGGAACAAGGGAGU